AUGCCGUUGCCAGGCACGACGCGCCCGUACCGGUCGCACAAGAUCCCAGCGUGCGAUUUCUGCCGGAGACGCAAGAGUCGAUGCACGCAGGAUGUUGCUGACCAGCCGUGUCUCCUGUGUCGGAUGCAUGGGGCGGAGUGUUCGCGUACAGGCAUGUCCACUGUGUCCAGACCGGUGACAGCGAGGAAACGACUGAGGAAGAGCAGUGAUGCUGGGGAGAGUCAUCAACCAGCAGCACCAGCAGCAGCAGGAGCAGAUGACGGUACCCAGUCCGAUCACAUUGUUGGGCCUGCGAUGGCUCGCGACGCACAGGUGCUGGGCCAGUACGAGACACACCCGAACCCGUACAGCGUGUACUCGGACGACAGCCGCAACCCGGUGGUGUACAUGAAGGUGCCGCGGCAGCGCAACGUGGUGCCGUCUGGCAACGGGACGGCGGGUUUCCGGCAAUUCGAGACGAUGGAGAAGAUCGUCGAGCCGCUGGGCGCAGAGCUGAGCGCCCUCUACUGGGAGCGCGUGCACCCGGCCUUCCCCGUGCUGGACGAGGAGACGGUACGCGAAGCCUACGCGCAGGACAUGCUGCCGCACACGCUGGGCUGCGAGGUGUACGCGGGUGCGCUGGUCUGGUGGUCUGCCUCGCCGGUCAUUGCGGCUUCGCGACGUCCACUCCCUGACGUGCGGUACCUGUGGAAUCUGGCCGUCAGCGCGCUCAACGACGACUUCCUGGCGCCUACGUUUUCCACAGUCCUCGCCUGCGUGCUCGAUCUCGCGGGCCGGCCCAUCACCUCCAUCAAGUACAACGCCGUCAACACCGGCCGUGUCGUUGCUCUGUCGCAGAGUCUAGGGCUGAACCGGAACCCGUCGCGAUGGGGGCUGGAUCACCGGCAGACUAGCUUGCGUAUUCGGACUUGGUGGGCAGUGUUUAUCCAUGAUCAGUGGGUAAGUCUGUCGCACGGCACCCCUCCUCAUAUCCACCGUUCGCAGUGGGAUGUUCCCAUCCCUGAUGCAGAUACUCUGCUUCUCGCCUCUUCGGAUGGAACCCCCGUCUCGACGGCUCGUCGGCAGGGCGGGCAGUCUUUCAUUGCUCUAUGCCGUCUGACUGUCCUCCUGGGCAACGUACUGCCCAUGAUCUACACGUUACAUCCUCAAAGCACGCCGGAUGCUUCGUUCAGCGAGCUGCGCCGCCAUGAGGCCGCCCUCGACGAGUGGAAGAAGGACCUCCCGGACUGGCUGCGGCCGGGCAGUCUCGCGCAGGACCGCUUGGCGGCCGGCGCGUUGAGUCUGCAGCUGUCGUAUUUGGCGGUACAGAUGUGUCUGUGUCGGAUUGCUUUACUGGUAGAACUCCACCGGUCAGAGGCAGAUGUUACAGAAGAAAGAUCCUACCAUCAAUCCCAGUGCCGCCGUGCAGCGCAAGCAGUCAUCGACUUUGUCGUCUCGCUGACCCGUAAUGAGAUGGAUGCCUUCUGGCUACCAUACACGGCGUACCAUUUCACCUCGGCCGCCACGCUGAUCCUACGCUGCGCACUGGAAGCUGACAACGCCGAGACGGCGCAGGAAUGCGUCGCCAGCGCAAAGACGCUCGUGGACUUGCUGCGCCGCGCGAGAGACACCCAUAACUGGGACCUCGCGGACAUCUGUCUGGGCCAGUGCGGGGCGGUCGUCGACAAGCUCUGCGACAGCUCCUUCCUACAUACCUGGCGACGCAUCCCCCACGAAGCAGCAUCUAGUAUUCAGAAAGACGGCAUAGAGACGCCGUUGCCUGCCGCGCAGCAGGAGCAGCAGCCCGCACCAGGUGUUAAUCUUGAAGGAAUGGAAGCGAAUGGAUACGUUCCUGGUUUCCUCCCUGAGACAAUGUCUUUUCCCUCGAUGGAAAGCUUUCUGUUUCCAGACCUAUGGCAGAUGCCUUCCAUGGACGACUUUGCUUAUCGGGGUGGUUGA